AAUGAUAUUAAUAGUGAAUUAGCAGAUAAUAAUGAAAGUGAUAAUUAUAAUAGUUAUGAAUUAGCAAAUAGCAAUGAAAGUGAAGAUGAUCUUAAUGAAUUUGUAGAUAGUGAAGAAAGUGAUAAUUUUGAAGCAAAAAGCUUAACAGAAUUUGAAUUAUUAUAUGCAGAUAAACCAACAAUUAAAUAA